AUGACUCGCGCGCUUUCUAACUUUCAACACUCUGCUCUUUUCACUCGUCUUUCUCCACCCCAGAAUGUUAAUCUUCUUGAAGAUCGCUUUGAGGAGCUCUUCAACAUUCAUCCUGUUUCUCCUCUUCUGUGUGUCACCGUCGGUGACUUUAGCAAUUCUCCCACUCUUCUUUCUGUUGACACCGCUGCCAUUCCCACCCCUCUGUCCUACUCCGAGGCUGUGUCGGGCUUUCAUGCCACUGAAUGGAUGACUGCCAUCAUUGCUGAGUGCGAGGCAUUUACCAGAACCAAUUCCUACAUUGACUCUGUCCCCCCCCCUGGCGCCACUAUUGUUAAAGGCAAAUGGGUCUUCCGUGUCAAGCAGCUGCCCGGCGAACUUCCUGUCUUCAAGGCCCGCUACUGUGCCAAGGGCUUCACUCAGCGUGAAGGCAUUGACUACUUUGCCACUUACUCCCCCACAGCCCGUCUCCCCACUCUCCGCCUCCUUCUUGACUUAGGCGCUCGCUGGAAUUGGGAGAUCCACUCCAUGGACGUUUCCAAUGCUUUCCUCCAGGGCGAGCUGCAUGAGCGCAUAUUCCUUGAGCGCCCCGCUGGUUUUCCUCGCCCUUUCCCUCCAGGCACUGUUUGGGAACUCAAGCGACCUGUGUAUGGCCUUAAACAGGCCCCGCGCGAGUGGCACGCCAAGCUCGCCUCCACUCUUCACUCUCUUGGCUUCUCUACCUCCACUUCCGACCCCAGUCUUUUCAUUCGCACAUCCCCCCACAGGCUUUACAUCCUUGCCUACGUGGAUGAUUUGGUGCUGCUUGCUGAGGACUCCGCCGAUCUUGCAGCUGUCAAGAAAGCCCUGCAGGCGCGUCUCAUGUGCAAGGAUCUUGGCGAGCUUCGUCACUACCUCGGCAUGGAGAUCCGUCGUGAUCGUGCUGCUCGUACCAUCUCUCUCUCCCAGUCUUUCUACAUUCAGUCCAUCCUCCAGCGGUUUGAGAUGUCGCAAGCCAAGCCGGUCUCCACCCCUCUUCCCGCUAACCAUCAGCUUACUGCCCCUGCCGUCCCUGCUCCCUCCUCAGAGCUGCGGCCUUAUCCUGAGCUCGUUGGAUCUCUCAUGUAUGCUAUGAUGUGCACUCGCCCCGACCUUGCUUAUCCCCUCAGUGUUCUCUCUCGCUUUGUUGGUCUGGGCCGCCACACUGACGUGCACUGGGCAGCUGCUAAGCGCGUCUUGCGCUAUCUGCGUGCCACCUCUGACCUUGCUCUCACUCUUGGUGGCUCUAUUCCUCCCGUUCUCUCCGGCUACAGUGACUCUUCCUACGCUGACUCUCGCCCUGAUCGUCGCUCAUCUCAGGGCUAUGGUUUUACUCUUGGCAGUGGUCUCAUCAGCUGGCGCUCCACUCGCUCAUCCUCUGUCUGCCUUUCCACCUGCGAGGCUGAGUUGUACGCAGGCACAUUGGCGGCUCAGGAAGCUCGUUGGCUCUCCUUUCUCCUUGCUGAGCUUGGUCACUCUCAGUCCUCUGUGACGCUCUCCUGUGACAGUGCGAGCAUGAUCCAUCUCACUGAAAAUCCUGUCUAUCACGCCCGCAGCAAGCAUAUCGAGGUCCGCUAUUUCUUUGUGCGUGAGCUGGUGCAGUCUGGCUUCUUACGCCUUCGCAAGGUGGACGCUACUGCCAACCUUGCAGACAUUUUCACCAAGGCCCUCCUGCGUGCACCGCACCGUUUCUACGUGCGCGAGCUUGGGCUCACGCGUCUCUCCACUUCUGGGGGUGUGCCGGUUCGCUAG